AUGAGAGCUGUCUUGCAGCGAGUAACUCGUGCUAGUGUCACAGUCGAUGACAAGGUUGUGAGCUCCAUUCAAAAAGGUGUCUGUGUCUUGGUUGGAGUCGGUGCCGAUGACAAUGAGCGUGAUAUCGAUACUAUCGUCAACAAGAUUCUCAACAUUCGAGUCUUUGAAGAUGAGCAAGGAACCAUGUGGAAAAAGGGCGUCAAGGACCUAGGCCUGGAGGUGCUGUGUGUCUCCCAAUUCACCCUUCAAGCAAAAACCAUCAAAGGGAACAAGCCGGAUUUCCAUCGCGCCAUGAAGACCAAUGAUGCCAAUGCCUUGUAUCAGAAGUUCUUGACCAAGAUGGGCGACGCUUAUGAUCCUUCCAAGAUCAAAGAUGGCGUAUUUGGAGCAAUGAUGGUAGUAGAUAUUGCUAAUGAUGGUCCUGUCACCCUGCAAUUGGAUUCUCGCAAAUACACUUAUGAUUCGGAAACACCAUCCCAAGCAUCAACCCCAAAAUAA